ACCAUCGCUCAUUCAUUCAUGUGACGCAGGUGCCCUCGGCCAUGGUCAAGUACGGAAGCACCGAGACUAUUUUUCUCUCCUCACCAAGAUGCCAAAAAGCCACUCGACUGCCUCGAUCAUCAUCCUUCGGCCACACCAAUGUCUCCCAGUACCAGGCUUACGGUUUCCCAAUCUCUCGGGCGCUGGGACUCUAUGCAUUGCUUGCGAGGACUGUUGACGAAGGGUUUGCUGGCUACUGCACCGCUCAGCGAAGCCUACACACUUGACCUAGGCUCGAAAGAGUCCCUGACCACGAUCGCGAGGUCCAUGGUAGAGGACAUGAUGUCAUUCUACCCGGGGAACCGCCCCGGAGGUGUCCCCGGUCUAUUACCAAAACCGUAUUAUUGGUGGGAAGGGGGCACUCUGAUGGGCUCGCUGAUUGACUACUGGUACUACACAGGCGACACGCGAUGGAACGGCGUUGCUCAAGAUGGACUGCUCUUCCAAACCGGACCAAACAACGAUUACAUGCCGCCGAACCAGACCAUGACCGAGGGCAACGACGACCAGGGGUUCUGGGGCAUGGCCGUCAUGUCGGCCGCGGAGCUCAACUUCGAUGAUCCGCCGCACGGCAGACCGCAAUGGUUGGCGCUCGCCCAGGCCGUCUUCAACACUCAGGCCGCUCGAUGGGAGGAACGGGAUUGCGGAGGCGGCUUGCGGUGGCAGAUCUUCCCCUGGAACAACGGGUACGACUAUAAGAACUCCAUCUCCCAGGCCUGCUUCUUCAACAUCGCCGCCCGUCUCGCUCUGUACACUGGCAACCAGUCGUACGCGGACUGGGCCGACCGGGUCUGGGAUUGGAUGGCGACCACGAAGCUCCUUAACCCGGAAACAUACCACAUCUACGACGGCGUUCACGUCGAGAACUGCUCCAGGAUUACCCCUUACCAGUGGACCUACAACGCCGGCGCGAUGCUGCUGGGCGCGGCGGCGCUCUACAACCACAGCGCGAGCGCCGCCCGGCGCGAGACGUGGCGCGAGCGAGUCGACGGCCUGCUGAACGGCUCCCUCAUCUUCUUCACGGGCGAGAACGGCGACAUCAUGACCGAGGUCGCGUGCGAGCCCGUAGACCUCUGCGACCUCGACCAGCAGAGCUUCAAGGCGUACCUCUCGCGCUGGAUGGCGGCCACCAUCAAGUGGGCGCCCUGGACGAACCGCCGCGUCAAGCCCCUGCUGGCCUCGUCCGCUGCCGCCGCCGUGGCAACCUGCACCGGCGGCGACAACGGGCGCAUGUGCGGUCUUAAAUGGAACACGCGCCGGUGGGACGGCACCACAGGGGUCGGGCAGCAGAUGGCCGCCAUGGAGGUCGUCUUGGCAAACGCGAUCGAGCACUCGCGGCCGCCCGUGACGGACCGGAACGGCGGCACGAGCGUCGGCGACCCGGGGGCGGGCAGCGCGGACGUCGGCCGCAAGACGCCGGAGGAGUACUCCUCGGUCUCGACUGCGGAGAAGACCGGGGCGUACAUCCUUACCGUGCUGUUCGUGAUCGGCGUGAUCGCCGGGAGCCUGUUUGCCUUGGAUGACGAGUACAACCGCUCGUCCGUGCCGGAACGGCUUGCGCGGCUCCGCGCGGUGGUGGUCAGCGGUGUCCGCAGCUGGAGCUGCAGUGUCCUUUCGCUCUUUUGGCAACGGGGCGGCCGCGGCCAAGCGAAGGGAAAGUGGGUAGGCCGGUCCGAGAGCAACGAGCAACAGUAAGAUGGGGCGGGAACCGGAAAGGGAGAGAUGGUCGUACACUCGUGUGUCUGUGUAACACGGGUCGGUCAUCCCCAAGCAGCAACGUCGCAGCCAAACGGCAGCAGGGCGAGAGGAUAUGCGUGGUCGGGCCAAUAGCAGGGACCUGGUAUAUCAACUCGUCGCUCUCGACUCGACAGCGACGUUGCACUUACGCAGGAAGAAACAACGCUUUAGAGGGGUAGCAUCGUACCUCCUCUUCGCCGGCGUCGCCU